GAGCAUUAGAAAAUUUAAUGCAUUACAAUUUACAGAUCUGGUGGGAGGGGAGGUGAAAAGUAAUUGCCAUUUGAAAAAAAAACAGUGAUUCAAUAAUUGCUCAAUAAAACUUAUGUGAAAGUUCCGUAAUUUCCAAGUGAGAAAAAAUGCCUCAUAGUAAUUACGAAAAGUCUAGUUAAAGGUAUUGAAUGCUCGGUAAAAAUAACGUAUCCGACUACAAAUUAUUCAAUUUAUUGUUUAAUCUCUAUGUAACACUUUUAUCAACAUGCGAGCUAUUCAACGUGAGAAAUAGUUUAAUUAAUUUUGCAAUACUCACAUGACUCUAACCCAUGAUCCAUCGUCUAUCACAAUCGACACGAAAUUUUUUUGAGAACACCAGACCCAUCAAAUUUAGUUCAUUGGGAUCAUCAUUCACUUAUUCUUUUAAAAAUCAAUUGGUUACUAAUGAGUAACCCACUGGAAGGAAGACAGGUACUGGAACAUUUAUGUUACUAUUCUGAUAGCAAUGAUGCAGAACGUUUUCAGGAAUAUUAUCAAUAAUCUCUGGAAUUUUCUAUUAUAAUCUAUUUUACGUGAAAUUUUCAAAAUCGCAGUCUUGAUGACUCCAACCCCACCAAUUGCUGAUUCUUUAUACACUGAAGAGAUUUUUAAAAAAAUUCUGGAAUACGCAUGUCCACACGCAGAUCGAUUAUCGAACGAAAAUGUCACCCAACGCAACUUAGUCGCCCUUCUGUGGAGUUGAUGCCACUUCAGUUCGGAUUUGAUCAGCAUUAUUUCUAAAUUCUACAAUGAUGCCAGAUGCAAAGUUAGAUGAAAAAUUUAGGAAGGCUAAAAAGGUUUGGCACAAUGUGAGUUUAUCACUAGUCUGGAUGGGCAUGUGGCCCAUAAAUGUGACAACCAGUGGUCGCAUCAAACUCACCGCAUAUCUAACAUAUUGGGUGAUUAAAUUAUCGAUGGAAAUCACUGAAUUACUCAUGGUCCUCGGAAGUCUUGAUACAGUUAUUGAUAAUUUCGCUGUAACGGGUGUUGAGCUGGUGGGAUUUUCGCGGGUCAUUACCUGGCGUUUUAGCUCAGUAAUGUACAAAGUUAUCAGAGAAAUUGAACAAUUUCGUGAGUAUUCGAAUUUCAACGAUUCAGUGGAAAUAGAAAUAUUCAUCAGACACAGUCAGAGCUCUCAAAGAUUCCAUCGAUUUCUGAUAUGGCCAAUGUGUGUGUGUACACUCUCAUGGUACUUUACUCCACUUAUGGAUUAUCUCAGUGCAAGUCUGCACAAUGAGACGAUUCCUCUUCAGCCGCCCUAUCGAUUCCCGCCAAUCUUCGAUAUCUCGCAAAGUUAUAUUGCUAUAAUUGUAUAUCUUUUUGAUUUUCCCCUUAUGUACACCGGGCUAUGUGGUACAUCAACGUACUCCACGCAUUUCCUAUUGAUCAACGAAAUUUGUGCUCAAUUAUCGAUUCUCGCUCACAGAAUCAGGAAUUUUGAUCCUGAAAGAUGUACAGAUAUCAGUGAAGCUGUUGGUCGGAUUGUUGAUAAACAUGUUACGUUGAUUCGGGUCACGAAAAAUCUCAAUGACAGCACGACCGUUUAUCUUGUAAUCGAACUGCUCAACACAACUGUUCUCAUCGCCUUAUGCUCAUACAACGUUCUCAUUAAUCUUAAAGACUCCUUCUUAGUUGGCCUGAUCACUUUUGCAUCAUUCUUGUUGGCUCUGAUGAUCAUGAUAUUCACAGACUGCUACAUGGGAGAAUGUCUACAAACUGAGGCUGUAAAUCUUUUUCAAGCGUUUCGAGAAUGUGAUGUUCACAAGUGGCCAAUGUCUUGGCGAAAAUCAUUGAUCAUUUGCACACUUCGAGCUCAGAUUCCUUUGGAAAUGACUGCGGGAAAAUUUUUCAAAUUCACACUAAGCGGUUUCAUAAACAUUUUACGAUCGUCUAUGGCGUACAUUUCAAUGCUGCGAGCAAUGCUCUGAUGAAUGGAAGCUACUGCAGUAUUUCGUGAAUAUUGAAGUCACGUAGUAACAGUUAAUGAGUUAAAAGUCUAACAUGACUGAUUACAGAAUUAAUAUGGACAGUUUAGUAAUUACCGACAGAAUAAAUUAGUAUUUGUCAACGUAUUAGUUAUAAGUUAGGGCCUAUGAGGUUCACUAAACCUUGAUCCGUUGAUAGUUAACGAAUCUCGUCGGAAAUAAAUAAAUCAUUCUAUCAUGUGGAGGUAGUCGUAAGGUCUAUAAGUUCCCUAGGUGGAUAAUUCAUUUGAAUUUGAUAAUACAAAACGACAUUAUAGGAAUAAAUUAUUUGCAAAGUGUCCAGUAUUUAGCAUAUCACUAAUAUAUUAGUAGAAAAAGAAAAUUACAUGGAAAAUUAUUAUUUCAGAUAUUCCCCCAGCAAUAACUAAAUAACAAAUUAAUUUUACCGUUCAUUCAGGAGUUACGAAUGUUGUUGUCUCCUUGUAUGACAGCACCUUUAUAUUUUUUUUUUACACUCCAGAAACAGAAGCCAAUAAUUCCGAGAGCCUGGAGAAUAUUUAGGAAUUAGAAUCAGAACUUUUUCCAGACCUGACGUAUAUAUCAGAAAAUCAACAGAAUGUCACAUAAUAUACUUCCACCAGGUAGUUUUC